GGCCCAACCCGCACCUCCUGUCCGGGAAGGGGGCGGGGCCGAAGCCCCUCGGCGCGGGGCGCCAUAGAGCAUGGACGGAGGACCUGCGUCCUAGACACUUCCGGAAGUGGCUCCCUCAGGCGCCCGCCCGGCACCAUAGAGCUGGGGGCGGCGGCCGGGGUAGCGGGCUCGCCUUCCUAGAGCGGCGAGGACAGGGUGGCUGCCCGGCGGGAGGGAGCAGGGAGAAGGGGGGAGCGGCGCGGGCGGAAGCGGCCGGGAAGGUCACUUCCGGCCUGGGCGCCCGUCCCCCUGACCCCAGGGUCUGAGUCGCCGCUGCCGCCGCUGCCACCAUCCGCGAGGCAGGAGAGAGGAGGAGCAGUGCGGUGCGGCGGCCCCGGGACCAAGGAGGGACCCAGACAUGGAGCUGCGGGAAGAAGCCUGGUCUCCGGGGCCGCUGGAUUCUGAAGACCAGCAGAUGGCGAGUCACGAGAACCCAGUGGACAUCCUUAUCAUGGAUGACGACGACGUCCCCAGCUGGCCUCCCACCAAGCUGUCCCCGCCCCAGUCUGCACCCACAGCCGGCCCCCCUCCCCGGCCGCGGCCGCCCGCCCCCUACAUUUGCAACGAGUGUGGCAAGAGCUUUAGCCACUGGUCCAAGCUGACGCGGCACCAGCGCACGCACACCGGCGAGCGGCCCAACGCCUGUGCCGACUGCGGCAAGACCUUCUCGCAGAGCUCACACCUGGUGCAACACCGGCGCAUCCACACGGGCGAGAAGCCCUACGCCUGCCUGGAGUGCGGCAAGCGCUUCAGCUGGAGCUCCAACCUCAUGCAGCACCAGCGCAUCCACACGGGCGAGAAGCCCUACACCUGCCCCGACUGCGGCCGCAGCUUCACGCAGAGCAAGAGCCUGGCCAAGCACCGGCGCUCGCACAGCGGCCUCAAGCCCUUCGUGUGCCCGCGCUGCGGCCGCGGCUUCAGCCAGCCUAAGAGCCUCGCGCGUCACCUGCGGCUGCACCCGGAGCUGUCGGGGCCCGGCGUGGCGGCCAAGGUGCUGGCGGCCAGCGUCCGGCGGGCCAAGGGGCCCGAAGAAGCGGUGGCGGCGGACGGCGAGAUCGCCAUCCCGGUGGGCGACGGCGAGGGCAUCAUCGUGGUGGGCGCGCCGGGCGAGGGGGCCGCGGCCGCGGCAGCCAUGGCGGGAGCAGCGGCCAAGGCCGCGGGGCCCCGGUCGCGGCGCGCCCCGGCCCCCAAGCCGUACGUGUGUCUGGAGUGCGGGAAGGGUUUCGGGCACGGGGCCGGGCUCCUGGCGCACCAGCGGGCCCAGCACGGGGACGGGCUCGGGGCGGCGGGGGGCGAGGAGCCGGCCCACAUCUGCGUGGAGUGCGGGGAGGGCUUCGUGCAGGGCGCCGCGCUCCGGAGACACAAGAAGAUCCACGCCGUGGGCGCGCCCUCGGUCUGCAGCAGCUGCGGACAGAGCUACUACCGGGCCGGCGGGGAGGAGGAGGACGACGAGGAGGCCGCGGGUGGACGGUGCCCCGAGUGCCGCGCUGGGGAGGGCCGGUAGGGGAGGGGCCCGGGGGGGGGCGCAGGGCCCCUCGGGCUUGGCGGGAACGACGAUGUGCAAGACCAAGAGACCCAGAGAGCAGCGGAUGGGGUGCAAUGGACCCCGCGCCGUCCACGUGGGGCACUGGGGGGCAUUAGGGCCAGUUCAGUUCUCCGCCUCGAGACUCUGCACCCCCUCUCAGCCUGGCCCGCCCUUCCUAGGUUCUCGGCCUGCGAGCCGGAGCCAGAAAUGGAGAGAACUGUAGAGGCCGAGCGGCUACCAGGCCUCAAGUGGAAGGCCGUUCUCCCUCCUCUGCCUCAGCUGUCCUGGGUGGGGGUGCUGCGAGGAGUGGAGAAACCAGGCCCUUUGCGUUUAGAGGGUCCCAGAGAGGGAAGGGAAAUAGGGGCCCUUUUCUCUUUUUAGAAUUUUCUUUUAUUCAGCCCACUUUUUGACUACCCCCCACCCACCCCAAUCCAUUUUUUUUUCCCGCCUUCCGGGUCCCGUCCUUUCUUAGAGCUCCAGUCGUUCCUUCCCCUCCUGGAUUCCGGGUAGCAGAGGCAGCCCCUGUGCCCAGCAAAGCCCCGCAGGAGGUGGGUGCCCGUUUGUCCUAAGCCUGGGCGUGGUGGAGGAAGGGGUGCUAGAACAAUAAAUGGCACUAUCCAAAUGUC